AUGAACAUUCAGAAAAUAAUUGAAGAGUUACCUAAAUUUAUUGACACUCUGUCUGUUCAUACCAAAAAAUCUACCGCGGAAUCCGCCCAAAACGAGAGCAACGACAACGAUGAGCAUGAAAUUAGCAGCAGCACAAACAACAUCCAAGACGGCUGCAACAACAACGUGGCCGGCGUUAACGACAUCGACAACCAAGACAAAACUGCGAGCAGCGGCGGCAGCCAAAACGGUAAUGUUGACAAAGAGGGCGAUAAGAAGAUCGAUCAAGACAACAAUUUUCUAAAAUGCAUCCUGUCUAUGUUUUCUUCACUCGCCGUCAUCAACAACAGCAACAACAACGAAAUUGAGGGGGUGAAAGAUGCCAACAGCAGCAGCAACAAUAAAAGCAAGAAGGCAGAGUUUGCUGCGAUCGCUGACGGUGGCGACAGCAACAAUAGAAGCAACAAUGGAAGCAGCAGUCAAUCUGGUCAUUACAUUCAUAAAGAUUCUCAAAUUAGGAAGUUACACAGCAAUCUUAAGCAAAUAGAAGAUGCUUUGAUAACGCUUUGGAAUUUCCAAGAGAAAGAGCUUGGUAAAGAGUUAUAUUCUCAGUUAGAGAAACUCAAAACUAUACUUGACAGUUCGCUAUCACCACAACAAACCGCUGAUUCUUCCUCUGAGCCUACAGAAGUUCAACAGAUAACCAACCUCCAUGAUAUCAAUAAGAAGAUCACCAAGCUGAAGCGCCAGAUUCCUUCGCGUCGCAAAUCAUCUUCGACAACUUCUCAGCACAAUUCACAGUCCAAUGACAGGGUCGAAAACUGGAAUGGAGACGGCGAUCAUCUUGUCUCGAAUUGGAUUAGCGAAAGCCUUGUUGGUAGCUCUGUUUAUAAAGAAAUCCAAGGGAUUUUCAAUGAACUGAAUGACAAAGAGAAGGCAUGCUUGUUGGGCUUUGCUGUUUUCCCAGAAAAUGAAGAGGUAAAGGAGAGGCUUUUGACAUAUUGGUGGGUCGGAGAAGACUUAAUAGAGGUUCCAGAAGCAGAAACAGCUGAGAACAUUGCUGGUAAGAGACUCAAGGAAUUCAUGAAAAAGGGAUUGAUCGAACCUAUUUAUAGAAAGCAGAUCAGAGGGAUUGAUCAUCAUGCUAAAAGUUUCCGGAUGCACCCUCUUGUACGGUCUGUGUUGAUUAAGCUUGCCAAGGAAAAUGCAGGUAAUCAAACUCAUACUACAUCAUCCUCCAAGAGGGUAAUUUUAGUAAAAGACAAGGAAUUAAAAUCUUCAAAUAAUCGAGCGCUUGCAGCAGAUCAAGAUCAAGAUCCUGAUCUAUAUCCAGAAUAUCAUCCAGAAAGGCUAGAGCUUGAAGAUCUGGAAACAAUAUUUAAUGUUGAUGAAACUUUUCCCGAUACAAGAUUGGAGAUGAAAACUGCCAAAGAGGGAGAAUGGUCAUCAAAGAUGAAGAAAUAUCUCAAAGUUCUCUAUCUGGGAAAAUGGCAAAACUCAUCUGAGAACCAUAUUGAAGUAGAGAGCACUAGAUUCUUAGAGGGCUUGAAGAACUUGAAAAGAUUAAGGCUUCUUAGCCUACAAGGAAUCUCUAGAAUCAACGAGCUUCCAAAUUCGAUAAGCAAGAUGACCAGUCUGAGAAUCUUAGAUCUAAAAGAAUGCCACACUCUGGAGGUACUUCCAAAAGGGAUAUCUUAUUUGAAGCAGCUUACCCACCUUGAUGUUUCGGGUUGUUAUCUGCUAGAUUACAUGCCUAAAGGUGUAUCCUCGCUCACAAAACUCCAAGUCCUUAAAGGGUUUGUGAUUUGUGAUCAUAAAAAGCAGAGUGGAAAUCUAUGCACUUUGGAAGGUUUGGAGGGAAUGAAGAAUUUGAGGAAAUUGAGCAUCAGCAUAAGCAGGAAGGAGGAUUUCCCAACAGAGAACGAUCUCAAGUCGCUCCAGAAGCUCGAAAAACUUCGGAAGCUAACAUUAUCGUGGGGAGGGGAUAGCAAUCGAAGUAGUACUAAAACAAAUCCUGUGAAGAAACCAGCUCCUGCAAUACUGAAGCCGAGUCUUAGCAAACUAGGAAGGACGAUUACGAUGAACUUUAAAGCUGGAACUGGUAAUAAGCAAAUCGCUAACACUGAUCAGCACCACCUGAAGCUUCCGGAGAAUCUUGUGAAGCUGGAUCUGCAAUGUUUCCCUGGGGCAGACGUUCCCAAAUGGAUGGAUCCGGAUCAGGAGAACAACCUGAGUCAUCUAAAGAAACUCUACCUUAGGGGGGGAGGACUCAGAGAUCUAAAGUACAAGUGGAAAGCUGUUGAAAUUUUGCGUUUGAAGUUUCUGAGUGACAUGAGGAUGAAUUGGGAGCAACUUCAGGAGUCAUUUCCGAAGUUGAGUUUGUUGGAGAAAGUUGACUGCCCUUGGGUCACUUUUUGUCCUUGUGAUGAAAGUGGAAUGUGGCAAAACCACGAAAAUUAG